CACUUUAACUAAAACACCGAAGUAUUCCGAGUGGACUUGAUCGUGACUAACAUUUAACAUGAAUACAAUCAAAGACGGUUGGUUCAGUGAAAUCAGCGAAUUAUGGCCAGGACAGGCUAUGUCGCUUCAAGUGGAAGAAGUUCUGUUCCAGGAGAGAUCUAAAUACCAGGACGUGUUAGUUUUUAAAAGUAAGACGUACGGGAAUGUGUUGGUGUUGGAUGGGGUCAUACAGUGCACAGAGAGGGAUGAAUUCUCCUAUCAAGAAAUGCUGGCUCAUCUUCCACUGAACUGUCAUCCAAAUCCAAGAAAGGUGCUGAUAAUUGGGGGAGGAGAUGGCGGGGUGCUGAGAGAGGUGGUGAAACACCCAGAAGUUCAGUCAGUGGAGAUGUGUGAAAUUGACGAGAAAGUAAUCGAAGUAUCCAAGAAGUAUCUCCCUAAGAUGGCCAUCGGGUUUGAAAGCUCCAAACUGCUCCUGCAUAUUGGGGAUGGAUUCGAGUAUAUGAAAAAACAUCAGGGUGAAUUUGAUGUUAUCAUUACAGACUCGUCGGAUCCAAUAGGACCUGCGUCUUCAUUGUUUGAGAAGUCAUAUUAUGAAUUGAUGAAGAAAGCGCUUCGUCCAGGGGGCAUCGUCUGUUGUCAAGGCGAGUGUCUGUGGCUCCACAUUGAACUGAUUAAGGGCAUGCAGGAGUUUUGUCGUGGCCUUUACCCGGUAGUGGACUACGCCUACACAACCAUACCUACCUAUCCCAGCGGUCAGAUCGGAUUUAUACUCUGUGGACUUAACCCAGAUGCUGACUUUAAGGAGCCGGUUAGAAAGUUCACUCAGGAAGAAAUGACCUCACUCAAACUUCAGUACUACAAUGCAGAAGUACAUAGAAGUGCUUUUAUCCUCCCACAGUUUGCCAGAAAGGUCUUGAAAGGUGAAAGUAUAGAGAACGGAACCAGUAAGAAUCAGUAACCACGACAACAGUAACCGUGUCAACACUAGUCUACAGACACGUAUGCGUGUCCGUUAUAUCAACAAAUGGUCAUUAUUGUACAACUCAGGUCGACGGGAAACCUCUACUGUACGAAACGCUCAUACUCGUGCCGUCUGUAGAACUCGGAAUAUUGGACAAUGUUAGCUUUCAUUGAAGAAUCUACUUGUUAAUACCAAAGCAUUCAUUUCAAGAUUUCAUGUCUUUUAUUUUAGUAUUCCCCAGUUGUUGGAAGUACAGGCACUGCCAUCAUUUUACAUUGAAAAACAUUUUGUAUAUUGAAUUUUCACAAGGAAUCUGAAAUAAAGGUUGUACUUUAUCA